AUGACGGUGCCGCCCUGCACUUGGAUCUUCGCCGAGGAUCCCGUGCAGAAUGACGAAUUCCAGGGCCACUGGGGAAAUCCCUUGAGCGCUUACGCCAACGACCGGAACGCGAUGCCCAACGGCUUCCGACAUCAUUUAAUGAUCCGCCGCCUGGCGCUGCGCGUCGACGGCAAGUCCGGCGAGUCCGGCGAGUCACGCGUCCCGUGGCCGCCGUCGCGGGUCCGCGUGGCGUUGCGCCAGGAGAACGGCCGGGUUUGGCCCUGGGCAUGGCCGUCCGAAGGGCUGCAGGUGCGGCUGACGCUCCGUGCCGAGGAGGAAGUCUUGCAUGAAGAGGUGGUGUGCUUGACCUUCGAUUGCCCUGUGGCGGCCACGCAGAUGAGCACCGCACCUGGGAGGUCCUGCGUGACGCUCGUCGCGGAGUCCCUGGGACGCCAGCAGAUCCUCAGCGCUUACGCUGAGCGGCUCGGAGAGUCCCAGAUGCCUUGGAGGUAUGGGCUUUUGUUUCCAUUGCCCUACCAGCUGCACGAAGCCAGUCGAUUGGACAUCUCCAGGCAUGUGCUGCGCAGUGGCACGCCCGGCGACCAGUGCGCACCCUGGGGGCGUCCUGCGCUACGGCUGCCGAUCGCAGUGCCUGCGCAGUCCGAGCGUGAUGAGAUUGAGUUCCACGACCCUCAUUGUUGGGCCUCCACAGGCGCUGAUGUCUGGGAUCCGGGACUCGUUUUGGCCUCGGCGCUGCCGCAGCUCCUGGCGCCCACGACGAGGCUGAGUGUGCUGGAACUGGGCGCUGGCCUCGCUGUUUGUGGCUUCGUCGCUGCCUUGCUGGGCCACGAUUGUAUCUCCAGCGAUGCAGAGGACACGAUUGCAUCCACCGAAGCCGCUGCUCGCUGCAACGAACACCUCUUGCAUGGAACGCAGUGGCGCGCCGAGGUCAUCGAUUGGGACUCUCCGCCGCCUUGGGUUCUGGAGAGGUCGUGGGAUGUGGUGCUGGGCGGCGAUUUGGGUUGGUCUGCCGCGCGGGAGUUCACCUUAGUGCGCGGCCUCGAUCAAAUGCUGCAGAACUGCUUGCUGCGGCUUUUGUCUCAGCUUCACUUUACCGAGUUCCUCCUGGCCGAGCGUGAGCGAGACCUCGAGGCCACGGAGGACUUCUUCGAAGCGCUGGACUGUUCGGGCUUCGUGGCUCACCGCUUGCCGGUGCCCAAGGGGCCCCACUCGAAGCCCCUCACGGAGGCGCUGGAUAUUACGUUGUGGAGCGUGCGCCACCGGUGUUUGAUCGAUGAUUGUGCGCCGGAUCCCGCCUCUCUUCUCGCGCACUUUCUCGCGGAGCACCCUUGGCUCUGUGACGCGCAUUGGCUUGGCCCCGCGGGUUUGCUGGAGCAGUUGGCUUCGAGGUUUCCGUCCGAAGGCCGCCGACCUCUCCACGCCCUGGAGGACCUCGACCGCGCCGGCACCGCGCUGACGUCGACGCCUGGGCUCCUACUGCUGAACGUUGGCCUGGUGGAGGUGUCGUUCGUGAAGUCCUUGGCCUUGCGGCGCAAGCACUUCCGCACCAGGCUUUUGAUGGCACACCACGAUGCAGAGCUGCAGACCACGAACGAGUUCUUCGAAGAGGUCAUCAGGCAGGGCUUCUCGUUCCACGUUCUCGCCCGACACCAGCAGAACCUCCGCCUCGGGAUCUAUGCCAUCGAUUGGAACGAGCCGAAGCUUCACGUCUCUUCCUUUCAGGGAUGCAGCUCUGUUUGUGUGGACUUCCCCUCCACCUUGACACCAGCCAUGUCCGCCGCGCCCCAAAGCGCCGCGCCCGGCGACGUCUUCGUGUCGGAGGGCGAGCUCCGCUGCGCCUGGGAUCAGGUGGGUUGGCGAACGCAGCUGAAACUGCCACAGGUUAUCUUACCUGACAAGGCCACCUGCCGCUGGCGCCCCCGCCGUCGGCGACUGGAGCUCCUGCUGUUGGAAGCCAGUGGAGGGCUGGACUCUGCUUGA